AAGUCAUCAUUCAGUUUCUAUCAAUAAACAGAAUAAUACAAACAAAAUGAAAUUCUUCAUUGUUUUCGCUGCUCUCUUCGCCGUCGCUUUGGCUGUCGAACACCAUGCUGAGGUCUUGAAACAAGAAUCUGAAGUUGAACCUGAGGGCUUCCACUACGUUUCAGAAUUGUCUGAUGGCACCUACGAGACCGCCGAAGGUAAAUUGAAGGAUGUUGGUACUGAUCACGAAGCCAUCGUUGUUCAUGGUUCUUACUCCUGGGUUGAUGAGAAGACUGGCGAAAAAUUCACCGUCAACUAUGUUGCUGAUGAGAAUGGUUUCCAACCCGAAGGUGCUCAUUUGCCCAAAGCCGAUCAUUAAGCGGUUGUGAUUACUUUGUGUUGUUGAUAGUUAAAUAGCAUUAGUUUUUUGUUUUGUUUUUUUUUUUUUGAAAAAUAGAUGAAA